AUGUCAUCAUCCCUAUCUCCUGCGUCACCUCUAGAAGGACUACAAGGCAUUGUAUCUCCCAACAACUCAGUUGCUCCGCUACCUGUUUUGUUCAGUGGCAAAGAAAAUUUAACUGUCUCAGUACCGCUGAAGCGCUCGUUUCAGAAGAUAUCUGGUGAUAGUAACACGAAUAUCUCCGUCAUUCACAUUGUCAUCAGUGUGGCGGGUGGCCCUAUGCUUGUCUAUCUUCCCAAAGCUUCUGUCGAGGGUCAUGAAGUAUCAAGCCUUGGCAUUUUGGCUGUGCGAGUAGAAGAUCUUGUUGGCAUGCUGCAGGCGGGUUUGGACAACAACUCGAUACCGGUUCCCAACUCAGAUGACCUAUACAUCAUCGAGUACAUGCUCCCCAUUGUCCCUAUCCGCAUUCUGUUCGCCGAAAUCCUCCCCGGCAAAGUUGUGCGGCUACUUCCGGAUGGCCAACAUGCUCCCAAUGUCUCCCCUCUGGCCUAUGACUUUGUCUGUAUCUCAAAAGUCCCAGACACAGACAUUUGGGAAGCCAAGGUCUACAUUCAAUCUGCUGCAGAUCUUGCUGGGCAGCUAGCUUCAGGCGUUAUGGCUCCGUUACCUCAUCCGGUCUCUCCAGCACCUCCAUGCCUGGCCGUUAAUGAUCACUCUGGUCCAUCAGCAGAUCCGGUUUUUGGACCUCCUCCCGCAAAUGAGCCAGAACAACAAUCUCCCGCACAUGACAUCAGCGUCAUUGACGGGUCUUCAGAUCCUAUCAUAAUCCGUAUCAUGGCGAACAACAAGGGUGACAUAACAGAGGAUAACAAGUCGACCGCUGUCAUGUUGCAAAAGCAGUAUCAUGACGAUGCUGUUUUACAGGAGAUCCGCCUUGCAACGGAUAAGAAGGGAUUGCCUCCAUCUGUUCUGGCGCGCCAUGCUAAGAAGAGCUAUGAGCUUAUAGCUACAGCUGAAGGUUCUGAGCAUCCCACAGUUGUUCUACAGCUCCUUACAGGCAGGUCCUAUGUGCAUUGCUAUGCUCUCAUUGAGAUAGGGCGUGCGUUAUUAGAUCCUGAAUGGGAGGCCGCUCACUGCGAUAUCAUUGGUAUACGCCUAGGAGAGGCUGUGAAGGAGACGGAGGGAGCAGGUACCUUACUCAAGGCUAUGAAACUCUGGGAUGAUGAUGGGGUGGCUUGGCCAACAAAGAAGAAGGGUGGGAAGAAGAAUAUGGAGAAGAAGGUUAAGAAGGUUAAGAAGGCCAGAACGUAG